AUGGCUUUGGGCAAUCAACAAAAUUCAGCGUUUAACGAAGGCAAAAGCCCAAAACAAAAACCUCCUUGUGCCUUCUGUAGUAAGCCGCAUCAUGGUAUUUGGGCAUAUCGACAGUUUGAGCAUAGAUUGGUGGAACGAUGGAAUUUUGCCAAGGAGAAACAGCUGUGUUUUAGUCAAUCAUCGCCGUUUGCUGGAAAGAAGAUCAAGGUUAACGCCAUACUAGAUGGCGCAUUGGCUAACCUACUAGGUAUUCAAGAAGCGUUUCAACUUGUUCAAGUUCACGUUUUGAACAAUUCCGUGGAAACAUUUCAGUCCAUGCCUGAGAAGAUUGAAAUUGAAAGUGUCGAUGGUGUCUUUGGCAAAGUCAUCGAGGUAAAAACGUGUCCCCAUCAAGUCACUGGAACUUAUAAAGUUGAAGAUUGGAAUGAAACGAAGAUGCAAUGGCCUCAUCUCUUACAAUGCGAAUUUGCAAGACCUGCGCAAAAUGGCCUAGUGGACUUGCUAAUCGGAGUGGACAAUGCUGAUCUGCAUUAUUCGAAGGUGGAUGUGGAUGGACAACCAAAUAGCCCAAUUUCUCGCUUUGGUCCUCUUGGAUGGACCUGCAUUGAACCAACCGGAAAACUAGAUGGUAAAAGGUCUCAUCUCACCAUGCAUUUCUUUUUAACAAGAGAUACUCACGUCGACAAAGCAAACGUCAUGUGACUUGUGAUGUAAAUAGCACAUUGAGAAAGUUUUGGGAGAUUAAAAGUCAUGGAACCGAAACAAAACGAUCAGCAGUAAUGACCAAGGAAGAGAGGAAUGCAUUAGAGAAAGUGGAGUCGUCAUUAACGCACAAUGAAUUCGCUAUUCUACAGCUGUCCCGUGGAAAGAGGACUGUCUGACUCUUCCAACCAAUCGGGAAAUGGCAAUGAAACGUCUGGAAGGCACCGAAAGUAGUUUGAAUGCUCAAGAUAACUUUGUUAAGAAAGAGUAGGAAGAAACAAUAAAAUCGUGCAUUGAGAAAGGUUUUUUACGAAUGAUGACUCCAGAAAAAAUGUCGUCUCCGUCAUCUUGAUAUCUGCCACAUUUUCCGAUAGUCAAGUUAAACAAAACAACAACUAAAGCGCGCAUAGUGUUCGAUUGCUCGGCAAAGUACGAAGGCGUGUCGCGGAACGAUGCCAUCUAUGCAGGUCCUAAGUUACAAACCGAACUGUUCGAUGUCCUCGUGCGUUUUCGGCGAAAUCCAAUUGGGAUUGUCUGCGACAUAAGAGAGAUGUAUUUACGGAAAAUCGAAAUAGAAGAGAAAAAUCGUCCGUACUUAAUUAGAAUCUUGCGGCGAGAUUACGAGAGCGACCGAGAGCCUGAUGAGUAUGAAUUUACACGAAUCGUAUUUGGGAAAAAUUCGGCGCCUAUGGAAGCGCAAUAUGUCGCCCAAGAAAAUGCUCGUCGUUUCCAAGAUCGUUAUCCACUAGCAGCUUAAACUGUUCUGAAGUCUAUGACAACAUACAUGGACGAUAGUAUCGAUAGCGUCGUGGAUGAAGCCAAGACCGAGACUCUUCAAACGGAACUGCAAGAGCUAUGGAAGAAUGCUGAUAUGGAAGCCAGGAAAUGGGUCCCUUCAAUUCUGUUGUUCUGUGUCAUCGGCUUCGGUAUUACUUAAGGUUACAGGACACCCUUUGUGGCGUUUUGCGUUAAAUCGCUACUGCGCGCUCAAUAUCAGUCCGAUUUUCAUCAAAUUUUCACCAAAUGUUAGCCAGUGCAUGCAAAAUAUGGUAACGUUGUAAAAUUGACAAACACUAAAAUAAUGUAAGAAUUAUUCAGGAAAAUCUUAAAUCGCGGUACCUUUACCCUUUUGAGUUGUAUUCCUGCUGGUUUUAAGAUAUAUUUAUGAAAAUAUCAUUUUUAUACAGUAAAAUAGUUGUUCUAAAAAAUUGUGUUCGGAAAUAUUUGUUUAGUUCGUCAUUCCGCUGAUAUGGCGAAUUCUUUGACGACUGCAAUAUAUUUCUGAAUCGUUUGAGUGAAUUGCUCCUUAUUAUCAAUAUAUCCAAAAUUAGAACAAAGCCGAAUACAAUUUUGAAACUGACGUCUUUAGCUAUGUCGUGUGAAAAUUUGAGAAAAAUUCGUUAAAACCUGCAGGAGAACAACUCGUUUGAAAAUCAGUAAUUGCCGUAAAAUUUUUCGGGAGAGAAUUUGAAUAUUACAUUUUCAAUGUUUUCCUUAUUGCAGCGAAAUGUAUUUUAUUAAAUAACUCUGCGAGUUUUCAACAUUUUUCGUUCAAACUUGGUCAGAUAGUAGGACUAUUCUAAUGCUUUCAUGGAAACCAAUAAAACAAUUUUAGGCAAAAUUAACACUCAAAGGUGUUCUGUAACCUUAAGCCUCGACAAUCUCUUUGUCUAAAAGUUUCAAGGCUUCGAGUUUCUCGCUCAGCGUGUCUUUCAGCUGUUUGAGCACAUUCUUGUCCGUCUGAGGCGUUUCACUCGCAUUCGCUAAACUUUCUUUUAUCUUCGUUCCUAUCUUUCUUUCGUAAUCUAUCCGGCUCGCUUGGACCAAGUGUUGCACUUUUCUGUCUUACACCACAAGACACUUGCGCAUCGUGGGGACUGUAUACUUUAAAAACAAUACCAUCGAAAAUAUAUAGAACACACACGCGUACUUUAAAAAGUUGUUUUUUUGUAAUUUAAUUAAUUCGCCCAAUUUAAUUACACAAAUUUUGAUUAUUAUAUUUACAUGUUUAUUAUCUAGGGCUAGGGGCCUACUAGAAACCAUCAAAAGACUUUGAUUAAGACCCCUAGUUACAUUUUAAAUUACAAAAUAAGGAUCCUAUUUACAAACAAAACUAGGUCUAGGUGACAGUGCUUCAAGUGAGGUGCAAUAUGAUAAAGUAUUUACAUACAUGUAUUGUGCUACAGUAAAUAAAAUGUUAUGAUCACAAAAGUAUAUUAUUAUUAAUUCAUAUAAAAUUUGAUAUUGCAGAUGUUGUUUUUAAUUGGCAGUAGUUUUUCAGUUAUUCAGUAUGUAGUAUUUUUUCGAUUUUUUCUUGAAUAUAUAGUAAGAUGCUAUAUUUUUAAAGUUUGGGUCAAGAUUAUUCCAGAUAUCAACUCCCUUGUUAGAGAGUGAAUAUUUAACAUAGUUUGUUCUUUGAUAAGGCUUAUAAAGUUUCAUAGAAUUUCUUGUAUUAUGUCUAUGAACUUCACUAUUUGAAAUAUAGUAGUUCACAAAAAAUUCAGGUAAGUUUUUUAAGUGAUGAUACCUGAACAUGAACAAACUGGUAAGAUAAUCGUUUAGUUUGCUUAAGUUCAAUAUAUUUAGGUGCUGAAAUAUGUUUUCAGUAUGAUCUAAGUGAGAGCUAAAAGUCAUUAAACGUACAAUCUUCUUUUGAACAUUUAUAAGUUUUUGAAUUCGUUUUUUAUAUGUAUUUCCCCAGAGUAAGUUGUCAUAAAUAAGAUAUGGAUAGACCAAAGCAUAGUAGAUUAGUUUUAAUGUAUUUAGGUUUGUAGGCCUAUAGUGGCGCAGUUUUGCUAUUAUUCCAGAUGACUUCAUAACUUUUUUCGUUACCGCUUCUGUGUGAUCGUUCCAGGUUAAAUAUUCAUCAAUAACGACACCUAAGAAUGUAGUGCUUCUAACUUGUGAAACCGAUUGAUUAUUUACAGAGAGGUGCAAUUCCUGUUUCUUUUUAUUUGGAGAUUUAAACACAAUUAACUUUAUUUUUGUUGUAUUGAUAGACAAUUUGUUUAAAUUUAGCCAUUCAGCAAUUUUAUUCAUUUCUAUUUGAAGUGUUUCUUGAAGUAUUUUAAUGUUGGAAUGACUAUAAAGUACACUUGUAUCAUCGGCAAAUAGAAGAAUUGAAACAGUUUUAAUACAGUUAACGUUUUGGAUAUCAUUUAUGUAUAAAAUAAAGAGUAGUGGUCCAAGUAUCGAACCCUGUGGCACACCUGUGAGUAUCGAUUUUUCUGUAGAUUGCACUGUGUUAUAUUUAACUAUUUGUUUCCUAUUUCUUAAAUAACUUUCAAACCAACAUUUUGCAAUGCCUCGGAUCCCAUAAUAUUCUAGUUUCCCAAUCAGAAUCCUGUGAUUGAUAGUGUCAAAAGCUUUUGACAAAUCAAGAAAAACACUAGCUGUGUAUUUUCCUUCAUCGAUAGCCCUUGUUACUUUAUUUAUAAGUUCAAUGAUAGCAUGUUCUGUUGACCUAUUUUUUCUGAAUCCAUAUUGAUGCUUGGAUAAAAUAUCAUUUUCUUCAACAAAAUCAAUCAGUCUUUUGUACAUUAAUUUCUCUAAUACCUUAGAAAAACAUGUGAGAACUGAUAUUAGUCUGUAAUUUUCAAAUUUGUUAUUUUCAUUAGCUUUGAAAAUAGGGGAUACCAAAGCUAUUUUCAUUUGGUCAGGUACAAUCCCCAUAAUAAAUGUCUGGUUGUAAAUAUGAGUUAAUGGUUUGGACAUAUACUUGUAAAUAUUUUUUCAGUAAUAUUUUGGCACUGCAGCCAUCGAAUCCUGGACUUUUGUUUGGAUUUAGAUUUUUUAUCUCGUUUUCAACUUCAUGCUCUUCUAUAGGUCUUAAAAAUAUGGAAUUUAGAUUUUUGUUUGUAAGAUAUUGUUCAUAUGUGGAGUUUGAUCUGGUUUUUAUUUGUUUUGCAAGCUUGGGUCCUAGAUUCACAAAAUAAUCAUUGACUUUAUUAGCAAUUUCAAUAGGGUUAGAAGUGGUACUUGACGAAUUGCUCAAUACAAAUUCCUUUGGUAAUUCCUUCUUUCGAGUAGGUUUAUUAAGUAAUUCAUUAACUGUUUUCCAAAUCAUUUUUGUAUUUUGUUUAUGUUUAAUAAAUUGUUCCACGUAAUACGUCUUUUUCGAUAUUUUUAUAACAUGAUUUAGAACUAUUCUUUCUUACAAACGAUAAAAUACAUAACAUAAACAUACAAACCCAGAUGAUUACACAACCUCCUGGCGGAGGUAAUAAUCCUUCUGGUUCACCCUCGUCCGUUCAGGUUUCAAUCUUAACUCGAAGUAUAUAUGCUAUUCAUGACAUAUGAUAUACUUUACGUCAAUCGACUAAAAUCAACCAUUGUUUGUUGCCCUACGGCGUUAUCAAUAGUAUAAUGUUACAAAUAGCCACACGUUGUAUAAUGUGAUAUAACAAAGCCAGGAAAACUUUGCUGGUGGACGGUUCGCUAUAAACGUAAGUUAAAACUACAAUUGUCUCCAACAUUUUUAUGUAUAUUAUUAAUACGUAAUAGGAUGGUUUACGUAAUGGGAUACGUAAAUGGAAGGAUCAGCACUCGAGAGUUUUUCAAAGACCUCAAAUAGCACUUGUCCUCGGACUAGUCGUGCCAGGGUUUAUUUUAAGAAAAAUUUAGAACUGCAUAUAUAGGGAUGCUACGAAGGCAACGGAUGUUUGACUGGGGGGGGUCGAAGGAUUUUUUACCUGCGUGACAGAAUAAUGGUGUGGUUGGGUGGGAGAGAGGCCAGACAAACUCGAUUUUGGGUGCGAGAGCUAGGGGUGUUUCUCACUGAACAAUUUGAAUUUAGAGGCUCUUAAGUUCUGGCAAAGAUUUGUUUGAUCCAACCACUCACAAAAACUGUUUCAAAACAUGUAACUGGGAUAUUCAAUAAAUUACAACCUUAAAUUUGCAUUUGAGGCAGCAAAGAAUAUAAUGUUCUCCCGCUCUAAUCUCUUUUGGGGAGCUUCGCUCACCCCAAUGUUAUCCAUUUGUUUCCAUUACCUCAGCACGUAAGUGACUUGUGAGGAAAAUAGGAGGGUCUGGAAGUCCUCCCCCAGAAAACGUUUAUAUUUCUAAUGCUCAUAAUGACAUCAUUUCUGGAAUUUUCUGGAGCAUCCACAAGGGUAACUAGUAAAUGAGAAGACUGUUUUAAUUAAGGCUAUUUUUGUUAGUUUGGUGACUGCAUAUUUGUGUUUUAAGAACUGCACAAAUGGGUUUAGAACUGCACAUGCAUUUUGUGUAGAACUGCACAUUAACCCUGACUCGUGCUAUUUUGAUGCCCUUUGAAAAACUCACUCGUGCAUGUUUUAUCCAAAUUUUAUUUAUUUAUUUGUUUUUAUUUAUUUACUAAUUCGCCCAAAUCACAUCAUAUAAAUAAAAAAUAGAAGUAUUUACAAUAGUAGGGCUAGGAACGUUCUCGAAACCAUAAGGCUUUUUAAUAAAGGUUCCUAUAGUUACAAUUUUAAAUUAAAUUUUAUAAUAGAUUACCAGUUCAAAUAUUUUUAGAUAAAAUAAAGUAAUAUAUGUACAGUAGGCUAUAUAAUAUUAUAUAGAAAUAAGGAAAGUGUAAGAUAGAUAUUAGGUUAUAUUACAACAAUUUAAUUCUUCUUCAAGUGCCAAGAAUUCUUUUUGUUCGGUUAAGAAUGAAGAAAAUACUUUUUCAUUGUCGUUUUGAAUAUUGGAAAAGAUCUAAUUGCUUUAUAUCAGUGCAAAAGAAGAUUAUUCCACAUAUUGAUUCCUUUGUUAGCGAGUGUGUUUAUUAUAAUUUGUUCUAUUAUAUUGAAGCAAAGAUGCAUUUCUUUUGUUAUAAUUAUGGAUAUCUUUGUUAGUCAUAAAAUAAUUGGUAAAAAUUUCUGGAAGAUUAUGCAGAUGAAAAUAUCGGAAGUAAAUAAACUUGUUAAGUAUUCAUUUAAUUUGUAUACAAGUUUAGUAUUUUUCAAUCAUUAAAAAUUGGCUCAGUAUGGUCAGAAUAUGAUUUGAAAGUCAUUAAUCUUACUAUCUUUUUUGAAUAUUUACCGUAAUUUUUGAAUGUGCAUGAGAUUUGUAGGCAUUACCUCAAACACUGGAAAAAAAUUGAAAAUCCGCCAUAGAAGGUCAUAGAAUGGAAAUUGUAUGGACCUUUAUUGGAAAUAGAAUGGAUUUUGGUUAUCCAUAAUAAUUGUAUAGUUUCCAUAGUAUGGAUAUAGUAUGGAAAUAGGAUGGAUAUACUAUGGAUUUAGUGGUGCAAUUGCAAAUUUCGUAGUAUGGAUUUCACUUUUUUUUUCAGUGAAAUCAGGUUGCCAUAAGUAAGAUAUGGAUAGACUAAUGCAAAAUAGAUCAGUUUUAGGGAAUUUAGGUUUGUAAAAUGUCAAGUCCUGGAAAUAAUAGCUGCACAUUUGAUAAUUUUCUUGGAGAUCAGAAAAUUAAAUUGCACUCGAAACCAUCCUAUUACCAAUACUAAUAUAUGUAUUUUUAUAAAAGUGUAGCAGUAAUAUGUAUAACACGCAAUUUGAUUGGUCAACAGCCGUGCAGGAUCAGACAAUCCUGCACGGGAAAUUCUGAACAGAAAUUCGUGCACAUAAUUUUACAAAUAUGCUCGCAUUGUAAAGUUUCAUUGUCAGUACGAUACCUUUCGAGUUAGUAAGUUUGCAAUUAUUGAGACGUUGGUUUAGUUGCAUGAAUAAAUUUCUGAUCGAUACAUUGCUGUUCAGCGUUUAUUUCAAAUUUCGUAUAUUUUAUCGAAAAUGUCUCUGUAUUUUCGCUGUAUAUUUUCGCGAAUUUGCGAUAAAAUUCUGUUCACAUUUGUUGUUGUUUUCAAUAGCGUGGAGUAGCGAUUCUCCGAUAGAUUAAUUCACGAUUGUUGUGAGGCUGCACAUUUCAUCAGUAAUUUUAAUCAAGUUAACCGUCGUUUCACUGUAGUAAUUUUAUAAAACAAUUACCAAAUGGUUUUCCCGUGCAGGAUAGGAUGAUCCAUGCACUUGGGAUGUUGCUCGACUUUCAGAAAGCGUAAAAAUACACUCGCCUGCGGCUCGUGUAUUUUCACGCUUUCCGCAAGUCUCGCAACAUCCCGCGUGCAUGGAUCACGCUAUCCUGCACGGAAAACCAUUCGGUAUUCCUUUAGUAACACAUGCAUGGAUAUUGAAAUAAUAUAGUAAUAUAUACUAUAUCUACAGUAACAUGUGCAGUAACAUGUAUAGUAACAUGUGGUAGCUAAUUUGUUAAUUCUGUGAUAGAAAACGAUUAAUGACUGAUACUAUAUAGUAAAGUUUAAUAUCAGGAAUAAGGUCUUGUAAUGACCAUUUUGUUCAACGCCAUAUGAGAGUGGAAGUCGUCAUCUGCAUGAUUUUUGAGGAAACACGCCCAGUACGUGCUGUGGUCUAUUAAAAUUCACUUCGUUCUGAAGUGAAGACUUCACAUACGGCGGCAGCGAAUGAUUCCCUAGUUGGGAAUUUAUUCAAAUCAGCUUGGCAGUAAGUUAUGAGGUAGCUUUUCCGUGGCUUAACACAAUUUAUUUUGAAUCUCUAAUUUCAACCAUGAUCAACCAUAAUGUUAUUUAUCACGGAAAAAUAUUCCCUCCUCCAAUGAAUUUGUUGUUCUAAUUUCAAUAUUAAGUUUUAGAUAAUGUCAACGUCAACAUUAAUAGAAAAGCUAACGCUCGGAUGUGAACGGUGGUAAAAACGAGUUUAUUAAUAUAUAUUAUGUGAUAUGAGAGGUCAAACGCUUACAAAACCUAUACCAAAGUUUAUAAAAAUUAUAUAAACUCAAACAUAAACGUUUUUAUCUGUUUAGAAGAGUUCGCCUUGAAGAAAGCAGCGCCCGAAUAAGAUGUAAGUUUAAGUAUUCAGUUGUCAUGAUUAUCUGUUUAUAAUACUUUGAAAACAUUGAAACCUUCAUGCAUAUUCAUGACAUGUCGUAUAGCCUUCGCCUUGAAGUUUCUGUGAUGAUUUACAUUUAAGAGCAGAUGUCCACUAAAAUGGAGCAAAAUGGAGAAUUCGCGGACACAUUCAAAAUUUCGAUUUUGCUCAUUUUUGGUUUGCUGGAAGGUAUUAGCAAGUAAACAAACGUGAUAUGGUUUGUUUUUCAAAAACCGUUAAAAUUCUGAGAAAUCCGAGAAAAACCGUUCGGCUGUCGGCGACCUCAAAAAGAUGCAAAUUUUCAGUUGAAUCAAACAGGUUCAAAAACAAGUAACGCACGCAAAGUAGGAAGAGGAUGUGAAAACCAUACGUUUGUAAGUCGAUAGAAGAGAUGUUUGAGACUUGAUUUGGCAUAAAAUAAUAAUUUUAGCUAUUAAUUAAAACCUGACAGCUGAUAUUUAGAAUCGUAUGGUAUUCACAAAUAGCGAAAAUUACGAUGUACCGUUGCCACGCAAAAAACAUUUUUUAACUAAGUGCCCCAGAUUUUUUCCUCACGAAACUUACGUCAUUAACUAAUUAUAUGUUCUUCUAGAACAUAUAAAAAAAUUAGUUUGGGUUAUUGUAUUUAGAGUUCGUACGGCGGCCGUGAAUAUUCGGUAUUUUCGACAUAUAGCGUGACUGAAAUCGACAAGUGUUUGUUCCUUCCGGUCGCUAUUUUCUCAUUCGUUUAUAUUUUCAUUCGGAAUUUAAACCCGAAAAUGCCGUUAAAAAUAAAAAGGCACCCUUUAUUAGCAACUCACAGCGUUUUAGCAGUUACAGCAUUUUUAGGAAGUGUCUCUAAAGAAGCUAACAUCAGGUGAAGCAAGUAGAACUGACACGAUUGGCGAUCGCGCGCCACCGUACUGUACGAUUAAAUUUACUCUCCUGAUAGAACAAUCACAAUAUUUUUGGUUCUGUUUAUAUCUCGCAAAAUUGGUGCAGUUUUUAAAAUUAGGAAUAUUUGCGUGCGAAUCCAUUAACACUAUUUUUAUUGCUGCCAAUCAAAGUAAAUAAAGUACAUUUGUUUGGCAGUGUUUUGCCCGAUUUCCCUGUCGUGACUGUUGUCUCUAUCAUCUCGUUUCUAGUAACAAUGGAAAUAGUGGUAAAGAAAUAUUUGAUAGAAUCACAGGAAUUAUGCAUUUCUCGUUUUCUGCCUGUUUCCACCCUGCUCCAAAAGUAGAUCGAUGUGCAGGAUAUAUUACGUAUUAAUAAGUUCUUUGUAUGUUUGCAUGGCGAAAAAUAUAAUAGUUUUGUUUGUGGAAACACCACAUAAAUUUAUUACCAGUGUGACCAUAUUCAGUAUAUUUUUUACUUUUGGUAAAAUUUCGACAAUUUUGAUAGAAAUUUGGUAAAAAAGAGAUUUUUUAGUAAAAUUUUGGUAAAAUUUCUUAAAAUUCUAGAUUUGGUAACUUUUUUGGUAAAAUUCUGUUAAAACGUUUGAUGAUGACCAGAAAACCCUGCAAAGUACAUGCCUUCCUGAUGCUGUGGCAAUGGCUCGGAGCUUGUGUUCUGUUUGCUCAUUGCAUGCUUCAGGUACGUCAUUUAAUUUGUCGCCUCUUUUGAACGAAUAACAUGAAGUAGCGCGCGCAGCUAAAAAUUGGGCAUUUGAAGAAUUUCAUUUCGAAAUUGCAAACUUACAUUUAAAAAUAUGGAUUUAAUGGAUAGUAUCGAAUACUGUCCAUUAACCCCCCCCCCCAGGAGUGGGAUGGGUAAAAUCCAAAUCUGGUAAAAUUUUGGCCUAUUUAGUAGAAUGUUAGCAAAGGUUUAGUAAAAUCCGCUGACAAACAUCUGGCCACACUGUUUAUUACUGCAAAGCUUUCGAUCCGUAAGCCCGGAUCUUCAUCAGUGCUAAUAAUAUGUGCAAUAUAUAAAUUUACGUGGUGUUUCCACAAACAAAACUAUUAUAUUACGAAUUGCUCAAUGUUUUCCGAUUUAUUCCCUGUAAUAUCAAUGAUUACAACUUAACAACUGAACGCACUCUGAUGAUUUGUUUUUAACUCUAGUAUCAUGGCCACAAUGACCACCAACUAUUGCGAAAAAGGAGCACUUUAUAUCCAUGACGGCCAGACCACAGAAUAAGGCACACAGAAGGGCACCCUGGCCGCCAUCUUCCUAGCCAGUCGAUUCCAUUUUCUGGCCAAUAAACGCGCUGUAUUGGCUGAAGGGCGAAGGCCCCGCCAUCUGGCCAGUCAACUGCAUAUUUUUGCAUAGAAAAAUGGCGACACGUUCCACCGCUGAGUGGCCCUUCUGGUACUGAUCUUUAUUCUGUGGCCAGACCUUGGCAAAAUCUAUUUUUAGACAUGCAGUAUCAAACUUUCCAGAUACGAAAUUUACACGUUAAUUACAUCGCCCGAUCGCUGUCUCAAGACAAACCGGCGCUCUUACCUGAUAGUUUACUUUUCACCACAAAAGUGUUUAGGAUUUCAAGCUGCAAUAUAGCACUUUUCACCACAAAAGUGUUUAGAAUUUCAAGCCGCAAUAUAGCAAAAACAAACCCAACAAACUGAAAUAUGUAAUGAGAAAAAGGCCAUAAAACUGAGCAGAAAGUUUCAGUUUUAACCACCUCUGAAUUUUAUUACAAUUUCUCUGUCUCUGUCCUCUGAGCAUGUUCAGCCAAACCACAUGCAAACUAACAAUUAAAAAAAAACUGAAAAUAAUUUUGAAGUUAUCCUUCUUUUAUAGCUUAGUGAAGAUGUGCUAAGUUUUGUCUUUAGUUAAA